AUGGUUCAGGUGUUCUCAUGGGAACUGCCACUCAUCGCCAUCAUCGGCAUCGGAUGCGGCGUCCUCGCUAUAGUCGCCGUCGUCCUCGCUAUAAUGAUUUACUGCUGCUGCUGCCUCUAUCGAGCCCCCAAGAAGCCGCGGCGCCUGAAUGACGAGGAGGCGCGGGGCCGAGUCCCCGCGUCGCAAGCAUCGCCGCACCACAAGCCCGCCCUAGCGUACCACCGCAACGGUUCCGCCUUGCCUCCCGCCGGCUCACCCGGCCAGCAACCGCAGCUGCCGUAUUCACCGCAGCCCCCCCCGCGCGAGCUUCUUCCGCCAGCGGCAGCGGUUGGGGGGCCGCCGCGACCCGGGGCACCAGGCGCAGUCGCGGUCGCGGGCGCGGGCGCGGCGGCAGGGGUGGCGGCGAGGGCGGCGGCGGGGAAGCCGCUGGCUAAGUGGGAGGAGGACCUGCGGGACGGGCUGUUCCGCAAGUACUCGCUGGACGAGAUCCGCGCCGCCACGUGGGGCUUCAGCCGCGGCAACUUCUUGGGCGAGGGCGCGUUCGCGACGGUGUACCGCGGCGUGGGGCAGUCGGGCGCGCAGUGGGCCGUGAAGCGGUCCAAGACGGCUCUGCCACCCGGGUCUUCGGGCGCGGGCGACUUCGAGAAGGAGGUGAUGACGAUCUCGCGGCUGUCGCACAAGAACCUGGUGCGGCUGCUGGGGUACUGCGUGGAGGACGCGGAGCACAUCCUCGUCUACGAGUACGUCCCGGCCGGCACGCUCUCCACCGCGCUCGCGCGCAAGGGCCCUCCGUACCUGACGUUCAAGGAUCGGCUGAACAUCGCGGUGGGCACGGCGGAGGGGCUGCAGUACCUGCACACGGCGGCCGUGCCGCCCGUGAUCCACCGCGACAUCAAGCCCGACAACAUCCUGCUGGACGCGCGCAUGCGCGCCAAGGUCGCGGACUUCGGCCUGCUGAAAUUCAUUCUCGAGGGCAAGGAGGGCGCGGUGACGGGCGAGAUGGAGUCGCUGUACACGCGCGUGGCGGGCACGCCGGGGUACCUGGACCCCGAGUACCACUGCACCGCCAAGGUGACGGUCAAGGGCGACGUGUACAGCUUCGGCGUGCUGCUGCUCGUGCUCUUCACGGGCCAGCGCGCCAUCAUCGCGCCCUCCAGCCUCAUGUCCCUCGGCGCGGGGUCCGCGGGGAGCGGAGGCGCGGCGCCAGGCCAGUCGGAGGGCGGAAGCAGGCCGGGGGAGGGCAGUCGCACCCCCGAGAGCCGCCGGAGCGACUCACGCGGGGUUGCGGGCGGCGGGUCGCCGGCGGGGUCGGAGGGCGCGGAGUGGCAGUCGGGACCCGUGCACAUCUCGGCGUGGGUGGGCCCGCUGGUGCAGGCGAAGAUGGUGGAGCGCGUGGCGGACCCCAACCUGGGCGGCGACUACGACCGCGCCGUGCUGCUCAAGGUGCUGCAGGUCGCGCUGCAGUGCAUCCGCGCGUCCUCCAAGGCGCGCCCCGACAUGUCCGCCGUCGUGCGCUGGCUGGUGGACCUGCGCGAGCAGGUGGCGCAGCAGGAGCGUGCAGCGCUGGCGGCGUCGCGCGGGGAGGUGAGCGAGGAGGGGGAGGGGUCGGAGGGGUCGGGGUUCGCUGCGGAGAAGCUGUGGCGCGCGCCGUGGCUGCUGGAGGAGAGCGGUGAGGGGGGCAGCACGGAGAGCGCGCAGGGAAGAGAGCAGUCGGCGGUCGAGACUUCCGUGGCGGCGAGUAGCGUACCGGAGGAGAGCUACGAGGCGAGUGUGGAGUGGAGUGCGGUGAAGAGGGGUGAUGAGGACAGUGCCUGGUCGGAUGUGCAGCCAUCAGAAGGCUCGGCUGCCGCGGCUGCUGCUGCUGUUGGCGGUAGUAGCUCAGGAGUGCAUCGUCCUCUGCCCGCUUUAAGUGAGGGCGAUGAGGGCAGGGCGUCCCUACCGGGGCGGACAGGGGGAGGAUGCAGCGUGCAGGAGUCAGCGCAAGCCACUGGGUAUGCCUCUGAGGGCGGUUCCGGUGCUGCUGUUGGUAGCGCUGGUGCUUACGGUAUGGGAAACAUGUCUGCUUCGGCAACGAAUGUUGCCACAGAAGCAGAGGCGGCGGCGGCGGCAGCUGCUGCUGCUGCGGCUGCAGGGCAGCAGAGAAGGACUCGAGCCACUGGAACUGCUGCAGGCACCCCUGUUGCUAUGCAGCCCAGUGCAUAUGCUUCCGCCCGAGCCCCUCUCUCGCCCCGUGCUGCUGCUGCCCCGCCAGGUACAGGCGCUGUGGCACGGCUGCCUGCGACAUCCGGUGCAGCAGGGUUUGCGACGGGGUACUAUGACUCGGGUGUGCUGGCCGCGCCCACACUGCCGCACACAGAGCAGUCUGAAGUGACUCCCAGGAUUUUAGUUCUGUUCUCAAACUACUCCCUGUGUUCUCACUACAACCCUGUGUAG